AAACGCAAAGCAGAAGAAGAUCUGAGUCAGAGUGUCUAUGCAAAAAGACACAGAGAUAGGGUCAGAACCAUGACCACUAUGGAGAGGGAGAUAGAAAAGGCAAAAAACAACGAUCGCCAUGCAAGAAAUCGGGCGAUACGAAAACUUAAGACGACCAAAGAAUACAUAGAAGCGAAUGAAGAAAAGCGAGCAGAACUGGAAAAAGUCACCACGUCCAACGUAAUGCAUCGUCGG